AUGGGCUGGACCAACAGCCAUCUCCACCAGUUUGAGGUCAAGGGGGAACGCUACGGCGAUCCAGACCUGAUGGAUGAUCUAGAUUGCAUCGACUCCACAGCUACGAUGGUGAGCGAGAUCCUUCCCACGACCGGCAAACGCUUCGCAUUCAAAUACGAUUAUGACUUCGGCGAUGGUUGGGAACACGAAGUUCUUUACGAGGGGAGCCCUCCGUUGGAAAAAGGAAAGAAAUACCCUCUCUGCUUGGAGGGCGAACGAGCUUGUCCCCCUGAGGAUAUCGGCGGAGUGUGGGGCUAUGUGGACUAUCUGGAAGCUUUGGAAGACCCGAAGCAUGAACUUCACGAGGACUACAUGGAGUGGAACGGACCGUUCGAUCCUGACAAAUUUGAUACCAAGAAGGCGACUAGGGAGAUGAAGAAGGGACUUCCGAAUUGGCGGGAUAUGUAA